ACUAUUCAAUCCUUGUUUGCCAGUUUAGUUAGUGACAAUGCUUUCAGAGUAAAAUCACACGAUGAAUCUUUGUAAAUUUUUAAUCCAUCUACUCGUGUAACAUAUCUAACAACACGCUGAGCUCGUGAAAAGAAUACUUUUUACGUUUUAGCUAAAAACGCAAUACCCUAUCUAGAAUGAACUCGUCUGUAGCGGGAAAAACAGAACUUUUUGGUGAGUACCAGGAAAUACAGUGCAAGGGAAAACUUUUGCUUUUUUUCCGACAAGUUGCCCUUUGAAGACUUUUUCCUGAUUAGCUUAAUUAGCAUGGAAACAGUGGCAAGAUUCAUAGACUAUCUAGAUAACCGCCCAACGUCUAAAAAUCUCUGCUGUGCUAGUGAAGGCAUUUUGUCUUUCAUACAAGAUGAGCAGGACAUUAGAGAUAACUUUGAGUAUGGUUGCAUCAUGGACUUGUGUGAUUGCAAUGGGGAUUCUGUCCCGGAUUUAAACACUGUUCUUAACUGUGAUGAAUCUCUAUCUCAAUCAGACUUAGAACUAGGGUUGAUUUAUUGCAGUGAGGAUCCUCUUGAUGCUGCAAACUUCACUACAGAAUAUGGAGAAAAUUCCAUAGUGUAUACAGAUUAUAAUGUGUCUGAAUUUAUUAAAGAAAAAUCGGUUUCUGUUCCUCAGACAGAUGGAAGCAUCAGUGAUAUAUCUCAUGUUCAUAACAUUGAGAAUACCUCGACCAGCACAAGUGUAGGAAGUGAUCAAUGUGGACUGGAUGAACCACCAGAUGACAUAAACAGUAUCGGUGAAAAUCUAUCUAGAGUAAGCAUGGAUUCAGAUGAGGAAAAUUAUGAAGAAGACACUGAUGAAGUUGACUUUGGAUUUUUCAACUCUGAUGAUGUAGAAAUUGAAGAAUUUAUGGAGGAAAGUUUCUUUCAUGAAAUACCAUCAGCAUCCACCCCAGUGACCUUUGAUCACCAGUUGCCAGAACUACCUGUACCAGAUAUAGACAAUGAAAGUGAAGAUUUAUCUAGCAACAACAGCUUUUCAGAAAGUGUAGACUUUGAGAGAUCUUUAGACUCCUGUAAUAGAGACCAUUUGGUACCUGAUGUUUUCUUUGAAGAAUAAUGAGGAUGAUGAAACAGCACUGUUGCCAAGUUAGCAUACUGCCAUGUUUGUGGACAAAAUUGAACUCUUUUGACCUAGAAAAAAAUUAAUAAAAUAAAUAAUAUAUUAUAUAUUAACUUUUAUUGACUAUGCUAUAUGUUAACAAAAUGAUUUUUAGACAAAUGUGAAAAAUGAUGUAUGUUAUUAGACUUUAAAAGGAACCUUUUUAUAUUGUUGUUCUAACUUAUCAAUUAAAGUUUAACUAUCUUUAUUUUUGUUGAUGGUUUGAUUACUGGUUAUUAGUGUGGAAUUGCACAAAAAGCUUGUAAAUGAAGUU